AGAGCAGACGAAGAGGCUGUGGUGGACCAGGGCGGCACCAGUACCAUUCUUAAUAUCCACUAUGAGAAGGAGGAGUUGGAAGGUCACAGGACCCUGUAUGUGGGCGUUCGGAUGCCCCUGGGUCGGCAGAGCCAUCGGCACCACCGCACCCACGGGCAGAAGCACCGGAGACGAGCGCGGGGCAAAGGAGCCAGCCAGGGGGAGGAAGGCCUGGAAGCCCUGGCCCACGACACACCAUCGCAGCGUGUUCAGUUCAUUCUUGGCACCGAGGAAGAUGAAGAGCAUGUGCCUCACGAGCUGUUCACAGAACUGGAUGAGAUCUGCCUGAAGGAAGGAGAAGAUGCCGAGUGGAAGGAGACUGCCAGGUGGCUGAAGUUUGAAGAAGAUGUUGAGGAUGGGGGAGAACGCUGGAGCAAGCCUUAUGUGGCAACCCUGUCAUUGCACAGCCUCUUUGAGCUAAGGAGCUGCCUUAUUAACGGAACUGUCCUUCUGGAUAUGCGUGCAAACAGCAUAGAAGAAAUUUCAGACCUGAUCCUGGACCAGCAGGAACUGUCCAGUGACCUGAAUGACAGCAUGAGGGUGAAGGUGCGGGAAGCCCUUCUCAAAAAGCAUCAUCAUCAGAACGAGAAGAAGAGGAACAAUCUCAUCCCCAUUGUCCGUUCCUUUGCCGAGGUCGGCAAGAAGCAGUCCGACCCACACUUGAUGGAUAAACACGGUCAAACCGUGUCUCCCCAGCCUGUCCCGACUACACAUCUUGAAGUAAAAAAUGGAGUGAAUUGUGAACACAGUCCUGUGGAUUUAAGCAAGGUAGACCUGCAUUUCAUGAAGAAGAUCCCCACGGGGGCAGAGGCUUCGAAUGUUCUGGUUGGGGAGGUGGACACCUUGGACCACCCCAUCGUGGCCUUCGUGAGGCUGUCCCCAGCCGUGCUUCUCUCAGGCCUGACGGAAGUGCCCAUCCCCACGAGGUUUUUGUUCAUCUUGCUGGGCCCAGUAGGGAAAGGUCAACAGUACCAUGAGAUUGGCAGGUCCAUGGCCACCAUCAUGACCGAUGAGAUCUUUCAUGAUGUGGCGUAUAAGGCGAAAGAGCGAGAUGAUUUACUGGCAGGCAUUGAUGAGUUCCUAGACCAGGUGACGGUCCUUCCGCCAGGAGAGUGGGACCCAUCCAUUAGAAUCGAGCCACCCAAAAAUGUCCCUUCCCAGGAGAAAAGGAAAAUGCCUGGGGUUCCAAAUGGAAACGUUUGCCACAUAGAGCCUGAACCGCAUGGGGGUCACAGCGGGCCGGAGCUGCAGCGCACUGGGCGGCUGUUUGGGGGCUUGGUGCUGGACAUCAAACGCAAAGCCCCCUGGUACUGGAGCGACUACCGGGAUGCGCUCAGCCUGCAGUGUCUGGCCUCCUUCCUCUUCCUGUAUUGUGCCUGCAUGUCACCAGUCAUCACCUUUGGGGGUCUGCUCGGAGAAGCCACCGAGGGACGCAUAAGUGCAAUUGAAUCCUUGUUCGGAGCCUCCAUGACCGGGAUCGCCUAUUCCUUGUUUGCGGGACAGGCCCUCACCAUCCUGGGGAGUACCGGACCAGUGCUUGUGUUUGAAAAGAUUUUGUUCAAGUUCUGCAAAGACUAUGCGCUGUCCUACCUCUCCCUGAGAGCCUGCAUUGGAUUGUGGACCGCCUUCCUGUGUAUCGUCCUCGUGGCAACUGAUGCCAGCUCCCUUGUCUGCUACAUCACCCGCUUCACGGAAGAGGCGUUCGCCUCUCUGAUUUGUAUCAUUUUCAUCUAUGAAGCAAUCGAAAAGCUGAUCCACCUGGCCGAGACCUACCCUGUCCACAUGCACGGCCAGCUGGACCACCUCAGCCUCUAUUACUGCAGGUGCGCUCUCCCAGAGAACCCGAGCAAUCUCACCCUGCAGUACUGGAAGGACCAGAACAUCGUGACGGCGGAAGUCCAGUGGGCUAACCUGACUGUCAGCGAGUGCCACAAGAUGCGUGGAGAGUUCGUGGGGUCUGCCUGUGGCCAUCACGGCCCCUAUGCUCCGGAUGUGCUCUUCUGGUCCUGCAUUCUCUUCUUCACCACCUUCAUCCUCUCGAGCACUUUAAAGACGUUUAAGACGAGCCGCUAUUUCCCUACCAGGGUGCGCUCCAUGGUGAGCGACUUUGCCGUCUUCCUCACUAUCUUCACAAUGGUGAUUGUUGAUUUUCUGAUCGGAGUCCCAUCACCAAAGCUUCAGGUCCCCAGCGUGUUUAAGCCCACGAGGGAUGACCGCGGGUGGAUUAUUAGUCCCAUCGGGCCCAACCCGUGGUGGACUGUGAUCGCUGCGAUUAUCCCAGCUCUUCUCUGCACCAUCUUAAUCUUCAUGGACCAGCAGAUCACGGCGGUCAUCAUCAACAGGAAGGAGCAUAAGCUCAAGAAAGGCUGUGGCUACCACCUGGACCUGCUCAUGGUGGCCAUCAUGCUGGGCGUCUGCUCCAUCAUGGGCCUGCCCUGGUUCGUGGCUGCGACCGUCCUGUCCAUCACGCAUGUGAACAGCCUCAAGCUGGAAUCCGAGUGCUCCGCUCCUGGAGAACAGCCCAAGUUCCUGGGCAUCCGAGAGCAGAGGGUGACUGGCCUCAUGAUCUUCGUGCUCAUGGGCUGCUCGGUCUUCAUGACAGCUGUCUUGAAGUUCAUUCCGAUGCCGGUGCUCUAUGGAGUUUUCCUGUACAUGGGAGUGUCCUCGCUGCAGGGAAUCCAGUUCUUUGAUCGUCUGAAGCUGUUUGGGAUGCCGGCCAAGCACCAGCCGGAUUUCAUCUACCUGCGGCACGUGCCGCUGCGCAAAGUGCAUCUCUUCACCCUCAUCCAACUGACCUGCCUCGUCCUGCUCUGGGUCAUCAAGGCGUCUCCUGCGGCCAUCGUCUUCCCGAUGAUGGUUCUGGCCUUGGUCUUCGUCAGGAAAGUCAUGGAUCUCUGUUUCUCCAAGCGAGAGCUGAGCUGGCUGGAUGAUCUGAUGCCGGAAAGCAAGAAGAAGAAGUUGGACGACGCUAAGAAGAAGGCCAAGGAGGAGGAGGAGGCUGAGAAGAUGUUGGAGAUGGGUGGAGACAAGUUUCCCUUGGAGAGCAGGAAGUUACUGAGCAGCCCCGGGAAGAGCCUCAGUUUCAGAUGCGACCCCUCCGAGAUCAACAUCUCUGAUGAAAUGCCCAAGACCACCGUCUGGAAGGCUCUCAGCAUGAACUCGGGGGCUGCAAAGGAAAAGAGAACUGUCACCAUUGAGGACUGA